UGUAGCAAUUUUGCUACGGAAAACUUGCCACUUCCCUCCCAGCAAAAAUAGCUUAGCCAACCCCUGCUCCGACGGUUGGAACUCUCGAGAGUUGAACAAGAAUGCCGCCUCUUCCAGUUCCCGCGACGGUGGCUCUGUCGUCAUCGAUUGCUUUCGCAUCCACCGCAGCUGCUUGGACGUUCGUCGCCCAUCCUGGCGGCCUGGAGGCGGGCCCAGCGGCCUACACGGCUUGGUUCAACAAGAUGUUCCCCAAGAUUGCCAAGUUCCAGUCCGUGCUGGUUCUGGCCAGCGCGGGUGGCGCCCUAGCGCAGUCCGUCGCCUCACCCGCCGCCUCGCAGCAGCAGCGCCUGCUGUGGCUGCUGUCCGGCUCGCUCAUGCUGGGCGUGCUGCCCUGGACGUUCGGCGCCAUCAUGCCGCUCAACAAGGCCAUCAUGGCGGCUGCGGAGAAGGGGGAGGCGGCCAAGGAGGAGACACUCAAGGCGUGGGGCCCGGUGCACAACGUGCGCACGGUUGCUGGCCUGGUGGCGGCCGCGGUGAUGGGGUAUGCGCUGUGGAAGCUGUGAAGCGGGGGCAGUAGCUGGAGUGGAGGGACGACAGUAGCUGGGGCGGAGGGGCAGUUGCGGAGGGGCCUGCAGAGAGGGACGCUGUUGUUGCUGUUGUUGUUCCUAAGAAUCAUAAUGAUGAUGUCGCAGGUUAAUUGUUGUCUCACUCACACUUUGUCUGACAUUUGCUCUUGUUGAUAGUCCAUCAGAUCAGUGCAGAAGGGCAGGCAUGUGCAUGUGCACAAUACACGCAUAGGCACGAAAUGCAUAAAUACAUUGCAGCUGCCGCUAGUUUUCCUCGGUUCAUUCGGUUGGUUCACUUGUUAUUCGUUGGGUGUUCCUUGUUCCCGCGGCCGGGGUAUUUUCGUGGGGGUAAGGCAGGAGGGUGCCGCGGUACCACACGAUUUGUCUCCCUCGGUUCGAGGCUGUGUGCCUUUGGAACAUCAGGUUGCCCCUUUUGCGUGGGUUUUGGAAACGCAUCGUUCUGGAGCUUUUGAUGUGGGUCGUUUGGAGACGGCAGACGCAGCCCUGGUAUUGCAUCUUUCAAAUGCAGGUGUGCGCUUGUGCACGGGCAAGCCCGUGUUGCCUGUAACACUCCAGAGAAAGAGUGGGAAGAGGUGUGAUUUAAUGAUGCCGCAUUG